UGCCAACCGCCAUAAAACACAAGAAGAAGAAUAAGAAGUAGAAGAAGAAGAAUAAGAAGAAGAAGAAGAAGAAUCCAUGGAAGUACAUGGAAGUACUAACACGGGGAGGUUCAACUGACAUUUUGCUCCACAUUUUGCUCCAGACCUGCCAGAUUUAUCUGAGUACAUCUUUAUAAUGAGAUUAUCACAUAAUUGUACAUGUGGCCUGAACUUUGGUUGAAAUAGUGAGAAUUUUUUUUAUUUUUGGACUAAACGUGUUUGUAGCAGGAAACGACCAGACGUCGAGCUGGUAAACUAAGCUAGCAUGAGCACUCUGAAGUUCUUCAGGGUUCCCAAACACUGGUUCCGUCUCUCGUGUGUCCAGCCCGGACACUGUCCCAGACUUGUCUUUAACGCCACGGCCAGCUGCAGACAGAAGACCACAGCUGUACCCGACAGCUUCAGAGCUCAGCUAGCAUCCGGCCCAUGUCUUCAGGACUUUGUGAAAGGAGUCUCAGUGUCUGUAGAUGGAGAAGACACUGAAGAACAUGGUUAUCUUUCUGGAGACCUGGAGAUAGGGAACUCCAGGAAAGUGUAUUUUGAAACCUAUGGAUGUCAGAUGAAUGUAAAUGACACAGAAAUCGCCUGGUCCAUUCUCCAGAAGAAGGGCUAUGAUCGAACAACAUCUUUAAACGAGGCAGAUGUUGUACUUCUGGUAACCUGUUCUAUAAGAGAAAAAGCCGAACAAACGAUUUGGAACAGAUUACAACAACUUACAACCAUGAAGAAAAAACGAUUAACAACUAACACACCAAUGAAGAUCGGCGUUUUAGGCUGCAUGGCAGAGAGGCUGAAGACCAAGCUUUUGGAAAGGGAGAAGCUGGUAGAUGUUCUUGCUGGUCCAGAUGCUUACCGGGACCUUCCUCGCCUUUUAACCAUAGCUGACGAAGGCCAACAAGCCAGCAACGUCCUGCUGUCUCUAGAGGAGACCUAUGCCGACGUCAUGCCUGUUCACCGAGCUCCGCAGGGUCACAGUGCCUUUGUUUCCAUCAUGCGUGGCUGUGACAACAUGUGCAGUUAUUGCAUCGUUCCUUUCACCAGAGGCAGAGAGAGGAGUCGACCCAUCAGCUCCAUACUCGAGGAAGUCCGUAUGCUCUCUGACCAGGGAGUAAAGGAGGUGACUCUGCUGGGUCAGAAUGUGAACAGCUACAGGGACAUGUCAGAAGAACAGUUCUGCGGCUCGGAGCAGACCAGACUGAGCCGUGGCUUCAACACCAUCUACCAGAGCAAACGGGGGGGUCUGCGCUUCUCUGACCUGCUGGACCGAGUGUCCUGCGUGGACCUUGACAUGAGAAUCCGCUUCACUUCUCCUCAUCCCAAGGAUUUCCCUGACGAGGUUUUGCAUCUGAUUGCAGAGCGGAGGAACAUUUGUAAGUACAUCCACCUCCCAGUCCAAAGUGGAAGCAGCCAGGUACUAAAAGCCAUGCGCCGUGGUUACAGCAGGGAGGCCUACCUCAACCUGGUUAAGAACAUCAGACAGAUCAUCCCAGAUGUGAGCCUCAGCAGCGACUUCAUCUCAGGCUUCUGUGGCGAAACGGAGGAUGAUCAUCAGCAGACGCUCUCACUGAUCAGAGAGGUCGGCUACAAUGUGGGAUUUUUUUUUGCCUACAGCAUGAGAAAGAAGACACACGCCUUCCACCGGCUGCAGGACAACGUCCCAGCUCAUGUGAAGCAGAGGAGGCUGGAGGAGAGCAGCAGCAUGUUCAGAGAGGAAGCUUCCAAGAUCAACGCUGCUCUGAUCGGCAGCACUCAGCUCGUGCUAGUAGAGGGAGACAGUAAAAGAUCUGCUGAGGACCUGUGUGGGAGAACUGAUGGCAACAUCAAAGUGAAUUUCCCUAAAGGAGAUGUUCAGCAUGCUGUAUCCAGCUCCACACCAGUCAGUGCUGGACACUAUGUGCUGGUCAAGAUAUUAUCAGCUACGUCUCAGACCCUGAGAGGCCGAGCUCUCAGCCUGAGCUCCCUGAAAGGAGCAGCGACACACACACACACUGACUCGCCCUGUGGAAACAACUAGGAUGGACAUGUGACACCACCCGACCUGGUAUUCAUGUUCCUGGGUGGAUUUACAAACAAUUAUUAUUAUGAAGCGAAGUGUGUUCAUGCAGAGCUGUUGCUGUAAUUAGCUAUGAAAAGUUCAAACAUAUUUAUACCGUCACCACUGACUGUGUGUGUUACAGCUAACAAUACUUUAAGCCUUAUAUAAAACAAUUUGUUCAUAACAGUUGACUCUGAUUAUUUUUCUGAAACAGGGAUGUUUGAUUGAUGCCGUAGCAUUUUAAUGAGAUUCUUCAGGAAGCAGGGAAAACAGCAGAUCAGCACAUCUGUAGCUUUAGUCCACACAGUCAGAAACUCAAGAGAAAAUUCAGCUCAAGUC